UUAUCAGUUGAGCUUCUUAGUUUUCAACUAAAUACAACACAACGGUCUGACCGUUUUUAUCGUUUGUUGUAACACAACAGUGACAACAAGUCCUCGGCGACCAUUUCCACUUAGCCUGACAACUAUUUCAAGUAAUUAUAAGCGAUAAACUCUGCUCACACGAUCUACCGUAACAUAUAUGACAAAAUGUACUAAAUAUAAAUAUGUAUAAAUUGUAUUGACAUGCUCUACGCUAUGCUACGCUAUGCCAUUGCUUUGCUACGCUAUGCAAUGCUAACACUGUGCUGUGCUAUGCUGUGCUAUGCUAUGCUGUGCUGUGCUGUGCUGUGCUGUGCUGUGCUGUAGUGUGAUGUGCUGAAUAUAUGGUACUAUAUACUAAAUAUUACAUACUAUAUAUACUAACGCCACACAGAGGAGUCGUAAACUUGUUUAGGAAGAUCUUCCUUUCUCUCUUCAUGUACUUUUCCGUGUGUUGUACGCCCGCGUUGUUGUGCAUUUAAUUUAUGCCUGAAUAAUCAUACAAGGCAUAAAGGCAGGCGGAUAUGGUCUGCCACAUACAUUGUCCAGUCACCCAACGGGUUUAUCAAAAAGAAAAAUAAAACAAAAAAUAAAAAAAAUAAAAAAUAAUUUCAAUAUUCAAUGUAAAAUGAUUAAUACAAAGUCUACUGCUGCAGAUGUUCACAAUUGCUGUUAAGCAAUUGUUGUGUUGUUAUUUUUGAUUCUUGUCAAAGUGGUGAUCGUUAGAUCUUUCGAAGAGGGAAGUCGUUGCAACUGCAUGCCGUAAGUUUAACAUAUAACGACGUACAAGAAUGAAGAAAAGCAAAAAGGAACAAGGAGAACAAAACAAGAACAACUUUGGAAGACAAUCAGAUAUAAUGGUUACAGAAAAAUUAACACUAACGGAGAAAAACAACGCUCACGCCACCGUUUACCGGGAAACAACAAAACCGAAGAAGCCAAAGCGUAGGGAUAAAAGCGAUCUAGGGCCAGAUUUUGUUGCUCCGGAUGGUGGCUGGGGUUGGGUGGUAUGUCUUGCCGCUGGUUUUAGUAACUUUUCAAUUUUUCCCGCCUUGCAGCAAUAUGGUUUUAUCUACAGAAAACGUAUGAAAUUAUUGGGCUUUGAUGCGAAGGAAACGACCACAAUCGUUAAUGUGGUUAUGGCGAUUUCGUCUUUGGCGGGCAUUGUUAAUGGGGCGAUGUUUAGAAGAUUUACAUUUCGCCAGGUGGCCCUUGUAGGCAGUAUGCUGUGUUUUGCCGGAAUCUUUCUUUCAGCCUUUUGCAUAACAUUUUUCCAGUAUGUGAUCUGCUUUUCCUGUAUCUAUGGUAUUGGUCUUGGUUUAAGUAUGGGUGCUACAUCCUUAGCGGUUAAUACAUAUUUUAAGAAUAGACGUAGACGAGCGACUGGCUUCUCUUGGACAAUAACUGGAUUAGGUGCGAUUAUAUUUCCACAUAUAUCAACAUAUCUAUUGAUGCUGUAUGGCGCCCAAGGCACUAUAUUAAUUUAUGCCGCUAUUGCAUUAAAUUCAGUACUUUGUGCUAUUACUCUACAGCCCGUUCUAUGGCAUGUAUCGAAGCCGGAAAAGCACAAAUUUUUAAAUGAAACGAACGGAAAUUUAACUGAGAAGAAUCAACAGGUUUAUGAAUGCAAGUUCUGUCAAAUACAAAAACGUGAAAAACGUGGCAUAUUUUCUUCUCAAUAUCUUUUCAAUGACGACGAUCCCGAUAGACCUGGGUAUGAAAUUACUGAACCAGGUACGCCGAUGUUGGCCAGAGCUAACGAUGGCUGGUAUGGCUCAAAAUUAUCAUUAACAACCGAGAAAUGUUCUCGUUAUCAGGCAUCGAAAAGUUUAAGGAAAACUUCAAGGACAGAGAGAUACGAAAAUGGUCAUAACGGGGGAAUGGAAGAAAGCAAUUCAUUAUAUAAACCUAAUUAUUUUAAUCGCGAGAGAGAAGACUUAGAACGUUAUAUAAGUAAAACUAGCGUUUACUCGAAACCCGAUAUGGACGAAUGCCGUUGCACUUGUGCCGAAGAGAAAAUUCUAUUGCAGAAGAUUUCUGAUGAUGAGAAAAAAUUAGAAGAACAGCGUCUUAUUGAUGCCUUGGAAGCCGAAGAAAUUGAAAAGAGUAAAAUGACCUUUCUGCAGAAAGUCGUAAAAUUUUUCGAUUUAGAUUUACUGAAAGAUUUCACAUUUGUCAAUCUAAGUAUGGGUAUCACAAUUAUGAUGUUUGGUGAAAUGAAUUUCUCCGUCUUGACGCCGUUUAUAUUGAAUAGCUUUGGCUAUGCCAAUGAACAGAUAUCGUUAGCCAUGUCGCUAUUGGGUGGCAUGGAUAUAUCGGUGCGAUUCUUAGCACCGUUCGCUUUAGAGAAAGUAAAAUUGGAUAAUCGAGUAUUAUUCGCCUUCGGUAUAAUUGCGAUAUCGAUUGGUCGUUUAAUUGUUACACUCACCAGUUCAUAUAAUGUCGUGGUAAUAGUGUUCAUAAUGAUUGGUUUUGGUAAAGGUUUUCGUACAUUAUUCUCGCCAUUAAUUCUGCCAAGCUAUGUACCUUUGCGUCGACUGCCGGCUGCCUCCGGCUUACAAUUGAUAUUCAAUUCAAUAUUUUCUUUUGUCUGUGGUCCCUUACUCGGUCUGGUCACUGACGCUUAUGGUUAUAAAAUAACGAUACAUUUUAUUAAUACCAUGACCUGUAUAGCUUUGUUAUUAUGGUUGGCCGAGUCAAUAGUGCGAAGGCUAUUAAAUAAGAAGAAACUGGCGGCAAACGAAGGAUAAGAAUGUUUCCUAUAUAAACAUAGAACGAUACUUAAAAUUUUAGCAAAAACAAAAACUUUACAAAUUUAUUUAAUAUUAGAUGUAGUUUUUGAGAGUAUUUAAAUAUAUGUUUAUUAGGGUGUCUGGUGGAUCUCAUUAGACCGUUAAUGCAACUAAGCUCUUAGGAGAUAUAUAGUUCUACUAAUUAGCCAUAUUCAACGUUCAGUAUGUAAAAUUUUUUUUUUAUAAAAUUCACUUUUAUAGCGAAUUCCGCUAAAGUUCAUUUUCGCCCAAACGUAAAAAAAACAUUGAGCAUGGCUGGUCUAGAGCGUAGUUGGCCAAAUGUUGUUUUCAUAUAAACAUAUAAUUCUUAUUUAUUUUAUUAGUGGGUUCUUAGUAUGAGAAACUCUUAAAUGAGUUUAUUUAUUUUUUUUUGAAAAAAUAAACAUUUGAAUUGAAUUCGUGUGAAAAGAACUGCAAAGCUAAUUAAGUUAUGCAUCUGGGGAAAAAGUGUUGAGAGAUUUUUUAAUUAUUUUUUAUUAAGCAUUUCAUUCAUUCAAAAUGAAUUUUAUUUAAAUAUGUUGUGCCAUUUUUCGGGAAACUGCAUAAUACCAUCUUAUUACUAUUUUAUGUAAUCUAAGAAAGUGUGUAACCAUUUUUAAAACAUGUACCGAUACCAGUACACGCAGCGCAAAUCAAUUGUAUAUAUAUAACACAAAAAACAUUUAUAUAAAAUUAUAAAAUUUAUUAACGUGUACCGAAAACAGCACACGUGACGUGUCGUGAAUAUAGGAUCUGCUCAUAAAUUGCUUA